AUGGUCUCAGAAUUCCAUCUUCAAGAAAGUCGCUGGGCAAAAACAACUUACGCCAACCGUAAAAGUUGGGCUAAGUGUUUCCUUCGGGGAAACUUCUUCGCGGGUCUUACAACCACCCAAAGGUCCGAGUCAAUCAAUUCCUACCUAUCGCACUUCGUAACGAGCAAACUUAAGCUUAGGGAUCUUGUCGGCCAAGUUGAUGCAGCCAUACAGAACAUUCGCCACACCGAAAGGGAGGAUGACUUCAUCAGUAACCACACUUCGCCCAGUAUACCAACAAACGUCCUCCACCAGUACUACCAACAAGUUGCCUCCAUUCUUACCAGGACCAUGUACGAAAAGGUGGCAGAGCAAAUCAGUAGUGCUCUUUCAUACUCAGUUGACUCUGCAGAUGUUACAGUUAACAGUCGAUCGUACUACUUGACACGUUUCCCAAAAGGACUUGUACGGAGUCAAGUGAACUACGACACUGACCAUGGACACAUCAAUUGUACAUGUAUGCUGUUCGAGUCCGAUGGAAUUCCAUGUCGUCAUAUAUUCGCUGUUAUGAAGCACUUGAACAUACCUUGCAUUCCAGACUUUCUGUUUAAGGCUAGAUGGAGGAAGGAUGCUAAGAGCUCGGUUGAAUUGAAUGGUUUCCCCCAUUCUAGGGUGCCCGCUGAUGUGUUGGUAUGUACAAGAUGGGGAUCAUUAACAUCACGGUUCAAUGCAAUGGGAUACUUUGCGACCAAGCAAAGCGACACUUACGAAGAGGCCACGAAUGAGAUGUCUCUGUUGGAGGAGAAAUUUAAGUCAAUGUGCUUCCAAUUUUGUAAUCAAUCCGGUGACGCAAACAUUGAGCAAAAUGAGAACCACUCCCACCCAUCUAACAGAGGGAUCCGAGAUCCAGCUUUAAUUCGGACUAAGGGGAGGGAACCUAAUAAAAAGUCAAAAGGAAAGGAGAAGGAGCAUGAUAACAAGGUGGCUAACAAGAGAAGAUGCAGAAACUGCAACGAGUUAGGGCACAACAGGGCAACUUGCAAAGUUCAACCUCAAAUUCAAAUGACUCAACAAUUUCAACCAUUUUCUAAGUUUCCAUCCACAGAAGCAAGUGUAUGUUGUGGCUUCAUCCAGCCUGGAGAAAGCAAUGACGAUGGCAAUAAUGACACAUCUACACCAUGGUAA